AUGGGGUUCUUGUUGUGUAGAGCUUGUUUCCGACGAAACUCAAAGCGGUUUCUCUCCACGAAACUUCAGCGUUGCGCGCUGACGCGUGACCUGCACCUGCGGCGACACUCCAAGCUCUGCUCUUUCUCGGCAUUGAAAAUGGCCAAUUUUGGAAACGGCUCCAAGAGGCUAUUGCGAAUAGCGCUUUCGUGGGAUCGAGGAGCGGUCAUGGCGCUUCUUUCCGCGGCGCUUCUUCUAGGCCAACCAGUUCUCGUGCACGCACAGGGCGGCCCUGCUCCAGCCGCUGGUGCCCUGAACGUUACGAGCAACCUCGCGGGAUCCGGACAAAGGCAGACAUCCACGCAAGCGCAGGCUCCUGAUACGCAAAGCCCGAAGGUUGCGUCAGGCAACCAGAACCUCUGCUGGGACUACGGGUCAGAGCGAGGGCCGUCCCAAUGGGGCAGUCUCGCUGACGCAUAUCGUCUGUGCUCUUGUGGACGUUUCCAGUCGCCAAUAGCACUUUCGGAGCGAGAAGCAUUGCGUUUUGAAUACUCGGCUGCGGCCGCUCCGUUCGAGAUACGGAGUAAUGUUGCGCAGUGGAAACGUCUCGAGCCGUCUCCACCGGGCGUUCAACCGCCGUUGGCGAUGUUCGAGCAGUAUAUUCCGCCACCACCGCCUAUUGUCGGUGAUGUACCGCCGGUCACCGGCUUUGAAGCGCCGCUUCCAGCAGCGACCUUGAUAUUACGAGAGAUCCCUCCAGAGCUCCCAAAGGUGACUGAUGGCGAUGGCACAUCGGUUGUGGCAACUGAGGCGCCGACUCCAGUCAAACUCAGCGACGCGCAAGUGCAACAGUAUCGCCUGGUGAACAUUCACUUCCAUGCACCUCAGAGCGAGCAUGUCAUCGAACGUUUCCGUGGUGACCUCGAAAUGCAUGCCGUGUUUCGGAACGUGGCGGAUGAGAACGAUGUUGCCGUGAUUGGUCGCAUCUGGCGUGCGGUUCCCGAGGCGAACCCAGCGAGCAGCGGAAGCGGUGCGGGCGCAGCGGCAGUAGGCGCGCCUGAUACAGCGGUUCCACGCUGGCUCGAUGAGCUGCUCUCGCUGCUGGAUGAAGCACCAGCUGGUCAGCCUCCGGCACAGAAGGAUGCAGGCGCAACGAAUGGCGAGACCUCGCUGACCUACACCUCAGCAGCCGCCGGCGCUACGCGUGCCAGUGUCCACGCUGAGUCUCUGGUCGCCGAUGCAUCGAACUCGUCGCUACCACCAUCGAGCACAGCGACCAGCCAAACGGCACCAUCUCGGCCCGGUAGACUGAGAACCACACGCUUCGUGGAAUUCAAUUUUGCGGAUACGCUCUUGCGAGAAAACACUGCAGCAUCACUGGCAUCACGAUCGCCAGCCGGAGAAAUCGAGUCAGGCAUGGCGCUGGCCGCCGAGGAGCUGGACCCUGAGGCACGGCCCUGCUUCUUCUAUUACCGAGGCAGCCUGACGAUGCCGCCUUGCUCGGAGAACAUCAAGUGGAUUGUGUUGACCCAUCGUGACUCGUUGCCGCAGCGAAUUGUGGAUCGCAUCCUGGCAGCGCAGCAGGGCCAACCAAACGUGCGCCCGUUGCAACCGCGGAACGAGCGCGCCGUUCUCUACUAUACACCGCAGCCGGCAUCAACGCAACCUCUGGGCAGUUGA